CUACAAAUAAUACAAUCAUUACAUCGAGUUCCUGACCGAGGUAUACGUAGUCCUUCCAGCCAGUAGCUCGCGUGCAAGAGCACAUGGGCAACGUCAUGGCGUUCCUGCUCAAGUCUGAGUUUGUGAGGUGAAGCAGUUGCUACCUGCCUGCUAAGUACUCAGAUAGUGUGCCAGAUAUUUCCUGUUGUGCGCCUCCUUGCUAUUCAUUUCAAAUCUCAAUCAACUACGGCUGACAUCGGAUUGCCAUAUCAGAUGUCUAUCUAACGUGCUCACGGGACUUUCGCUUCACGGAUGUCAGCCCGAUUAGACCUCGACAAUAGAAUGUUCGGCAAAACACCAGCCGGCGCUGCUAACUCUGAGCCGCCAUUGGUAACAGAACGGCCGCUUAUUUGCUCGUCCCUUCGUAAGCGCCUUGACUGGGUCACUCUUUUCACCUCGCUCUUGCGCAACCAUAGCCCAUGUGGCAAGUGGAAAGAAACUCAAUUAGAAACCUAUGAUGUCGCAAUUCCUCUCACUUCGCAGCGAGUGUUUCGUGCUAUCUUCAUAUCGUCACAGGAUGCGGCCUCGCCUGAUAGCCUAGCCCGCACUGAACGGUUGUACAACCUCAAUGCUGGCCAAUUGUCCGGCAUUAUCUUUCUCCUCAAGCACGAUGAUGAGCAACAGAGUGCGGUACACGCGCUUAUGACCCUCCAGACACAGCUCAUCAGUGGCGGAUGGGUGCUGCCCAUCUAUCCAGUUGAUUCCGUAGCCGCCGUGCCAGCAAUUUUAGUUACUAUUUGCAGCCAACUGUGUUCACCAGCUGUUAAUAGAGAGCCCGCGAGCUCAGCAAGCUACCUUCUCCCGUUCUGUUCAGAUAAUGUACUCUUGACUGGACAUACAGUCAACAUCCUAACUGAUACGACUUCGGACUUCGAGAAUCUACUCAACAAACUUUCAACGAAUACUGUUCUUGAACCAGACAUUGCGCUACUCCUGGGUGAUGACGCAGACAAGCUUAGGAGCUUCUGGGCAGGUGACUCUCCAGUGGAUUGAUAUGACAUGUAUUGCUUCAGAGGCAUGACGAUAUAUAUAGAAAGAGCAGACGGUGAUGCUCUGUGAACCCAACGCUAAGGUUCACGCUGCCCUUUCACUCGACUGGCUGUCAUCUCGACAAAAGGACGUGCACUGAUAUUGCUUCUCAUUCCCGAUGAAUAGAAGAACCGUUAGAUAUUGGAAGAUUUUACACUGCCUUGUAGGGCCUAUAGAAAAUCUACUCAGUCAGAGGUGACAGGUAUCAUGAGCUACCAGCUGUACCUAUUUCAAUGCGCCCAUCACAUGUAUUACCUAUCAGCUGUACACAUACGC